AUGCAAAGAUUAGAAAAAAAUUUAUACGUUCUGGUAGAAUUAACAGAACAAAACGAGAAACUGGUUAUAAUAAGCAGUAAUUGGAUAAUCGGGGAUCAAGCCGUUUUUUCACAGCCUAUAGAUGAAUAUUCUUUUCUAGAGCACAGUGAACCACAACCAGGAUCAUCAUUUCAUCAUAUUAAGAUAAUCAAAACAUUUAACUCUUAUGCAUGUGCAAAAGCAGAAAUGGAAAAUUACAAAUCUUCAAAACUGUCAUCUGAAGUAUCACAGGAUAAAUCUGAUAAGGCGGUUAAAACAAUAAGGAAACCAAUCUUUAAAUCUAAACCUCCUGAUGUUGAUUACUAUCCGUCUACUUCAUCGUCUUCUUCUACAAGAGGUGAGGAAAUCUCCACCUCAACCUCACAGUCAGUUGAUCAGCCUUCUUUAGAAAGAAUAGAAAGUACUUCCACGACUUCUGAAGAUACUAGUGAAGUGCCUUUUCAUGAAGAGAUUUGA